GUUUUGACCUGAGACAUUUGUAACAAAUAAAAUGUAGAAAAAUAACUUAAACACGUAUAUACGAUGGCUUAUUUUGGCAAGGAUAUACAAAAUGUCAGUGCUUCUAGUACUAUUCGUAUUACAAGUGCAGUUUCUGUUGAAACAUACACGGUGUAUGUGAUAGAAGUCACAUUGGGGACUUACUCAUGGACUGUGAGACAUCGAUACAGUGAUUUUCAUGAACUUCAUGAAAAGCUUGUUGCUGGUUACAAACUGGACAAGAGCCUUCUCCCACCAAAGAAGUUAUUUGGUAACCAGACUGAAUCAUUUAUUAAAAAGCGUCAGAAUGAACUGGAAAUCUAUCUACAGACUGUGUUGUAUUAUUUAGCUCCAAAAAUACCAACUGUUUUGGCAUUUUUCCUGGACUUCAAUAGAUAUGAAAUUCAUGGUAUAACACAAGCUCUUGCAGAGGAAUUGUACAACAGGGGAGAAAGUAUUCUGCAGACCCUUGAGAUGUUUGAGAUGACACCUUUACAACUGUUUGCUUUGACUGAACGCUUGAAGCUGCCUGAACCGACAUGUGAUAGUGGUGAUGUGAAAAAAGAUAUCGGCCAUAUCCUGGAUUUUAUUACAAGAGUUAAGGCACUGAAGAUAACGGGCAGUUCAGAGCCUUACGAGUCUAGCAACAUUGAUAUGAAUCAACUCAAUUUUGAUUUGACUUUGUUUAAAUCCUUACAGAAAGUUGAGAUAGUAAAUUGCAGCCCCAAAGCCAUAGGAGGACUGGACACAAUAAAGCAGACUCUACAAACUUUGAAUAUUAGCAGAACACUUUCUUCAUUCCGGGAAUUUUUACUGCAAGAUGUUCCUUAUUGGCGGGCUGAUGACGGUACAUUGUUGGUGGAAUACUGGUCUGGUAUCACAUCUGCUGAUCUCAGCGUCAACUACAUCACAGAGAUAGAUGAUUCUGUGCAAUUGAUGCCAAAAGUCGAGUCGUUGAAUUUGAGUAACAACAAGGUGGAGACAAUCGAACACUUGCAGUGGCUCAGCCAGUUGACCUACCUUGACCUGUCCAGUAAUUUGUUGAGGAACCUAGACUCUCUGCAUACCAAGUUAGGAAACCUCAAGACACUGAAACUUGCAAACAACCUCGUUGAAAGUUUGCAUGGUUUUUCCAAACUUUUUUCCCUCACGACUCUGGACAUCAGCAAUAACGAAGUAGCUAAGAUUUCAGAAGUAAAACACUUGAGUAGCCUCCCUUGCCUUGAAAAUUUGUUUAUGGUGGGGAACCCAGUGACAAUAACUCUGGAUUAUAGAACUAAAGUAUUGGAGCUCUUUGGUGAUAGAGUGAGUGAGGUAAUCCUGGACAACGAGCGUCCCGAUCAGAAAGAGCUGGAUACGGUGGCUGUGUUACAAGCACUGCAGAAAUCAAAGGACAACAAGGAAAAGGUGAAGAGACUCACACCAAAGAAGGUACCCUCAUCUGCCAGUUUGGCUGAAUCAGCAUACAGCUACAGUGGUAGUACACCACCUGAUAUCACAGGUGAAAAGACUUUCGGAAUUAAUCCUUCCCCAGGUAAUCAAGUAUGUAUCACUUGCAUAUUAAAGCUUUAUUGUCUUGUUCAGUUGGCUUUAUGCAUCCUUAAGUGAAUUAGAAAUAUACUACUAAUGUUAUAAUCAUUGUGUAGGUCUUAUUCCAAGAUACUGUCUGAGCUGCAAGUGGUAUUGGUAGUUAAAAAUUGAUCUUCUUAAAAUUGGUAUUAGGACAACUUUAAAUGUUCCUCUUGCCGGAAUUACACCCUGGCAUGUGCUACAGCAGCUUGCUCUGAAUUUGCGUGUGUGGGACGUAGCCCAGUGGUAAAGUGUUCAUCUGAUGUGCAGUCGGUUUAGGAUUGAUCCCUGUCAGUGGGCCCAGUGGGUUAUUUUUCAUUCCAGCCAGUGCACUACGACUGCUAUACAAAAAGCCUUCCUGUCUGUGGGAUGGUGCAUAUAAAAUAUCCCUUGAUACUAAUGGAAAAAUGUGGCGGGUUUCCUCCUUAAGAUUGUACGUCAAAAUAACCACAUUUGACAUCCAAUAGUCAAUGAUUAAUAAAUCAGUGUGCUCUAGUGGUUUCGUUAAACAAAACAAACUUUAACUGAAUGUGCAUGUUAAAACCUAAGACCUGACCGGGGCUCUGUUCCAUGAAAGAAUCUUAGCUAAGGUUAAUUGUAGUGACUUACGGUGAGGUUUAUGGCUGGCACACGUAAAGUUUACAUCCAUUCCACAAAGCAACUUUACGGCAGUCAUAAGUGCCCCAUUAAAGAUUAAAAUCUUUGCGAAAAAGUGCCAAAUAAUUAAAUAAUAAAUUGGUUACCGACUUUUCGGAACAUCUUAGGUGUAUUCAUUGGUAUCGGACAUCCAUAAAGUAACUUUGUCAGUUUAUUUGCUAAGCAAUAAUUGCAGACUGCAUAAGACAUGAGAGAUAUCUCCCAUAUUUUCAUGUGAAGGUUGUAUGGCUAGAAUGUUUUUCAUCGAGCGCAGAGUUUCAUAAAAGGUAUUUAGUAUAUAUUAGAUCCAUUUUUACACAAAGAGUUAGUAUCCUUCAUAGAAGAUAAACAAAUCAUCAAACUGCCAUUUGACAUCUACGUUAACUGCCUUGUACCAGUUGUAAAUUUUCAGCAUCGUUUAUGAUGAUAGUAAGCUGUGCAGCAUCGUGGAAUGGGUAGCUGAUCGUAGAAAAAGGUUACGGAAUUGUUCUGUGUAAAACAGUUCUGUAUAAUUGAAAAACAAAACCACAUUGAUUUAGAACCCAUUGUAAAAUAGUAAUUUUCUAGUGUUGGUUCAAAAUAUUUUUAUAAAUUACAUUUUGAACUUCAUAUUUAUGGUGAAUGGUUAUGUUUUAAUGUAAUUGCCUAACAGGGUUUACAUUUUAGCACAUAUGAUUAAACAAGUUUGUCCCAUGGGUUGGAAUUGCCGUAUCUAUACGUCACAAUGGUGGUGAAUUCUAUUAUUGUACCAGUUGUGGAGUAUUAAUUGAAAUAGAAAUGAUAUCUAAAAAACUUGUUUUGUACUAAAUUAUGCAUUAUUUUUAUUUAUUUUUAUGUUACUUUUAUAUCUGGUAUUAUGUAAUUUUGUUUGCAAAUAUUCUUAUUAGUCAUAGAACAAGGCAGCAUACAGUCACAAAGUCCAUUACUCCAGACUCACAUAGAAGAUUUGCGGAAGAAAGCAGGAUCUAACUGGCUGGGUGAGC